GUGACGUGACUAACGUGACAUAUAAUUGUGAUUAAAUUAUGUCAAUAUAAAUUUUUUUAUAAUUAUGUUUAAACAACAAUAGUGUAAUUUCAUACUUAAAGAUAAAAGAUAGCAUCAUAUAUACAAAAUGUUAUUGUCGAAAAAAUGAUACUUUACAAUAGAGAAACUAGCUAGUAGGCCAAUUUAAGAAUAAUAUCGAAUUAGUGAAAUUACUAAUAAAAAAAACCCAACGAAAAUUAAUCAAAAUGCCAUGUACAAAAUGCGGGUCCGACUUUAAUUUACUCAACUGGAAAAUCAAAUGUGGCGAAUGCGAGGACAAAUAUUGCAAUAAAUGUUUGAAAAGAAGAGAAGGGAUUUUAUACUGUGAAAAGUGUCAUAUUUUGCUGAAACGCCCUCCGGAUAGAUUGAAACUAAUGGAACUGAAAUCCAAAGACUUACAAGAUUAUUUGAACAAAAGGAACAUUUCCACCUACGGCUUAGUUGAAAAACAUGAGUUAGUAGAUCUACUUUGUAACAAACAAGUACCAGAUAAACCUAAAAAAGGAAUGGAGAAAUUGACAGCUAAUUUCGCCGUUUCCCUACCUAAUCUGAGACCGCUAAACGAGCUGUGGGAUUCAGUUAUCACGAAUGACAGUACAAGCAACGCAACAGGACAGGCUCGAGCGUCCAGGAACGAAUCCAGGAACAAUGCCAGAUCCCCGCCGGCCCCUUCUACUCCACAGUCGCCCCAGAAUCCCCCGAGGACUGCGACGCCUGCGCAUUCCCCGCAACCGACCACGUCAACCAACACACACGAUCGUCCUAAGGGUUGCGUGGAGAAGGCCGAACGUUUGUGGGAGGACUCGAACGAACUCAGGAAAGAAGAACCGGAGAAAUUGCCGGUUCAAGAGCUGUGCAAAUUGUGCAUGGACGCGCCGCUGGAUUGCGUCCUCUUGGAGUGCGGUCAUAUAGCCACUUGUAUCGCCUGCGGUAAGAAAUUGGCUGAAUGUCCGAUAUGUCGGCAGUACGUUGUACGCGUCGUUAGAACGUUUAAGGCUUGA